AUUUAUUCUCCUACGUCACUACCGGCAGGAUUCGGGACGCCAGGAAGAACAGCGUGUGCUUCUCUCGAUGAAUGAAACCGAACGGCAAACUUCAUUCAUUCACUGAGCUUUUCGACGAAAUUUGACAGCGUUUCCUAAGCACUACAUGUUAGCUCGCUCUGCCAGCUGUUGCCAGUUCCAGCGAAGCAUCCUGACACAUCUCCCGUUACUUUGCCUAUUCCCCUCUUUUUGCAAGGUGUUAAGUGUGCAUGCCUGUUACUGUAGCUGGAAACAUUUGCUUGAAAGUGUGUGCACUCGUCUGUACGCGUGCAUACCCAACUCCAGCUGCAGCCGCGCGCGUGUGUGUGAGAGAGUGUGUAUGUGUGUGUGAGUGUAUGAGUGUGAAGAGCCCUUGUGUGCCAUGUCGGUAUCAGUGAUCAUAAAGUGGGGAGGUCAAGAGUACUCCAUCAGUUCUCUGUCUGAGGAGGACACAGUGAUGGACCUGAAACAGUCCAUUAAGACCUUGACUGGGGUGCUGCCAGAAAGACAGAAACUACUGGGACUCAAGGUCAAAGGUAAACCUGCAGAGGAUGAGGUGAAGCUGGGCUCUCUGAAGCUGAAGCCUAACACAAAGAUCAUGAUGAUGGGUACCAGAGAGGAGAGCCUGGAAGAGGUUUUAGCCCCACCCCCGGAGAAUGAUGAUGUGGUCAAUGAUUUUGACAUUGAGGAGGAGGUCAUUGAAGUGGAGAACAGAGAGGAAAACUUGGCUAAAAUAGCCCGCAGAGUGAAAGACUACAAAGUGGAGGAGCUGAACCCUCCCAGAGAAGGAAAGAGACUUCUGGUACUGGAUGUGGACUACACACUGUUUGAUCACAAGUCGUGUGCAGAAACAGGUCACGAGCUGAUGAGACCGUACCUUCACGAGUUUCUGACAUCAGCCUACGAGGACUACGACAUUGUCAUCUGGUCUGCUACAAGUAUGAAGUGGAUUGAUGCCAAAAUGAAAGAGCUGGGGGUGACAGAAAACCCGAAUUACAAGAUUACGUUCAUGUUGGACAGUGCAGCGAUGAUCACAGUACACACUCCUAAGAGAGGAGUUGUGGAGGUGAAGCCCCUCGGCGUGAUAUGGGGGAAGUACGGGGAAUUUUACAACAGGAAGAACACCAUAAUGUUUGACGACAUCGGACGAAAUUUCCUCAUGAACCCACAAAACGGACUUAAGAUCCGACCCUUCAUGAAGGCCCAUCUUAACAGGGAGAAGGACAGGGAGCUGUAUAAACUGGCCCAGUACCUCAAAGAAAUCGCCAAGCUUGAUGACUUCAGUGGACUCAACCACAAACACUGGGAGAGGUACCUAUCUAAGAGGCAACACCACUGAGGGGGGGCCACAUCCUCGACAAAAACUGGACACUAGCAUCCCAUCAUCCAGUUCUCCCACACCUGUGCGCAAACUUGUGCUGUUACAGGUCGUUCAUAUCAAACCUUAUGACAGAUCCCACACUAACCCUCCAGUUACCAACGCUCGGAAGCUCAGGAUGGAGAUGGGCUUCCCAGUUUCUGUAUUUGCAUGUUCUGAUUCUCCCUACUCUGGCACAUUUUUUUUUCCAAAUACUGUUUGUGUUUAUGACUGUAAUAAUGGCGGUCACUACCAGUCGGUGCCGUAAUCGUGGGCUUCUCUUUUGAGGCCACAUGACACAAGCCAUCAUGACCCACAAACUUCUACAUUCCUACUUCAGGCAUCUUGAACUACACCUUGAACGCUUCGGUUAAAUAGAACCUGAAAAGAUCUGUAAUAAUUUAAACCAGCUUGGUCUUCCAGAUGGGCGAGGUUUAGAGCAUUUUCACAUUACUAAAUGUGAAAAUUCUAUGAAUGAGAAUGAGAAUUUCUUAUUCUAAGCCUACAUACGUUCCUUUUAUUGUCAAUCUUCUCUGCUAUACCAAGAAGGAAUAAUGGUUGCAAAUAUCAUUUCACUAUGUUAAAGGUCAGUAAGUGUUGUCCUGCACACCUGUUUGAAGCUUGACUUUACAUUUCUGAGAAAGACUGACAAUAAUUAAAUGUGAAAUUCAACAGGAAAUAAUUAGUAAGAUAUGUUAUAUAGCAAGAGUUCCAAAACGGAGAAUGUAUCCACAAUUUAACGAGUAUGAUUUUUACUUCGGUACAUGCCUCAAGUCCCUUUGUGCAAAUUAAAGUGAAAAGUUGGGAGAUUAAUGGUUAAAAUCACACUGACACCUGCAACUCACCUGAUGUAACAAUAACAUGAGAUUCUCCUCAAUGCUUCUGUGACAUUAAAAGGUAUUAAACUUGAGACCAGUCAUCGUGAAAAUACUCUAAUCUUAACGACUCACUCUGUUUUAACGUAAAACAGGUUGACACGUGUGCAGGGGUCACUGGAUGCCCGCCUGUGGGUUGGAGGAUGUUACAUAGGUAUACGUGCAUAGUAGUAAAGGCUCUUAGAGGGUCAGGUUUCCAUAUGUGGAUGGGAGUGUGAGACACACACUCUCAGAUACAUGCAAGGAAUCGGUUCUAGUUUUUGUUUUAUGAUUCUUAUUCAGUAGUCUGUGUUUUAUUAAGAGCUUUUGUUGAACUGUUUUGGUAAAUUGCACUGUUCUUGAACAAAGUGAGCAAGAGGGAGGAUGAUGAGAAUGCAAGAAAGAAAGAAAGUGAGAGCACAGAGCACUCAUCAUGUUUGCAGUGUGUUCAGUUUGUUAUUUCAGUAGCUUCUUCAUUAAAGAAAUUAAUGUGGGUGCACUUACUGUCAACAUUUACUUUAAGUUAUGGAUGAAGAGGGGGACAUCGAGGGAACAAGUUUCCCCAUCUUAUGGAACAUCAGGGAUGUGAUUUGUGUUUUUUUUUUUAUUUUGUUUUCUGAUUUUGUCAGAUUUAAAACUCUUUUGGGCUCUCAGCUCUGGAGAUCUGCCUUUUUUCUGUUCAUUAUCACAUCCCUGACAUCCUGGCUGUAAAUAUGACAAUAAACCUUUUUUUGUACCUAAA